CAAGUAACUACUCGAAGGAUUCGAUGAUAUGGUGAUAUAUGAGAAUGGCCACCACCAAUGCGAUAGCCGAUGUCUGCUUGAAUGUGUCUGACAGAAAAUACGGGGAAAGUAUUCAGCGCGGACAUUCACUCAUGAUGACUUUCGACACGGAUCAUGUUCAGGAAGCCGGGGACUUCCGCAUACCAACAUGUCGCAUUGAUCAUCGCGACUUACUACUUAUUUACGGUUGUGGUAAGUGCUGCGAUUGUCCGAGGCUCGGAGCACUGCCAAGAAGAAAGGCGGUUUUCCGACCUCCGACACUCCCAUCACUCGGGUUCCGACAUGACCUUUCCUUUCACGCCUCAGCUUCCUCGCCGCCAUCACGGGGGCGAUGCCUUGGCGCCCCAACAGGUGAUGGAAAUGGCAGAGAAACCGGAAGGCAAUCGAGCCGGAAGGCAGAAACUCUUCCCCGCAUAUACUUUAGCCACGCUCUCCAGCAUGAAACCUCCGUGCGACACCAAACAGAAACCAAACACUAAAAGAGGACGAGCGAGACCCCAACCCAAACAUAUUCUCCUUUGGAAAGUGCUUCACAUUUCAAUACUGCCAGCAAAAGUUGGAACCUUCAAACAAGCUCGUGUCGGUUGA